AUGGCUUGUGAGAUCGCCUACAAGGCCGUGGUUUCUCAGCUUGCGUGUGCAGAUCAAUCCAUGUCGAGUGGUGAUUACGUGGCGUUGAAGGCACAGCAGAAUCAAGCACUUGGUUAUGUUAAAAUGUGUAUUAGGAGGACUAACUUCUUUCGCCGGACACCGAUCGUCGGAGUCAACUAUUGGGAGACGUUGACGAUCAAGAUUACCUCCAUUGCAGCUCAGAUACUUGCUCCUUCAUAA